AAUAUGAUCGGCUACAUUGCUUCAAAUAUAGUAUAAGUGAAUUGCUUAGAGUCUCAGACGGUCAGACCCAUUGCGAUUUUAUCAUCAUGUAGGUCACACUCCCACUAAAGUUGUUUUUCUUUUCUAAUUUAUUUUAUUAAUAUAACGUAGAUAAAUACUAAUUAACCUCACCUAAUAUACAAUUACACGUGUGUAAAAUACAAAUUUUAAUAAUUUUCGAACCCAUAAAAAUUUCCACUGUUCAGAACACUAGCACUCUUUUAAAGUCAAGAAAUAUGAGGAUCUUGAUAAUUCAAGUGGACCAAACGUACUAAACACCAGAAAAUGUCAAUGUCUAAGAAAACAACUGCAUUAAUGCAUAACUAUAGAGAUGGAUAGAAGAAACUUUUAAGAAUAUUUUAUAAGUUUUAACAAAAGAUAAAACUCUUAACAAAAUCAAUGUAAUGUUAUUAUCGUUGGCGUGUUACCAUCCAAUAUUCAAACCCGCAUGCGAUCUGAGAUGCAUGUUACUGAAAAAACUUGUUAACAACAAAAGGACCCUAGAAAAAGACGCAAUGAGACAAAACUUAUACAAAACACUACUAUAUUAGAAGAGCUGGCCAAAUAUAAUGUAAAUGUUUAGGUUAUAAUAUGCAUUUAGAUAUAAUAAACUGUUGUUAAUACAAUCUUUUAUCUAUAUAUUAAGAAAAAUGACUGUGGGUGAAAAAUGAAAAUAGUGGCCAGGAUAACUCUACAGUGUCAAACAAAAGAGAGUAAUGAAAAGAAGCGUUGAAGGAGAUGAGAAAAGAUCAAAGGCUUUUUUGAUUUUAUCGCUUCCCGCACAUGAAGUCCAGGUUGGUCACUGAUGUUUCCUACGCAUCAUCAUUACACUCAGUGCUUUCAGAUUUUACAAAUCCAAGAACCCUAUAAAAACCUUAAAUGUAAUCUCCUUGUCCACUGUGUAAUUUUAAUCCUUUUUAUCUGAGAAAGUUUCAGCUUUCUGGUUAAUGCGUAUCCAUCAAUCUUCUCACUUUCAUUUUUUUCAUUAAACAAAUGAUUGAACAAGAAGAUUUUUCUUUUAACCUUUUUUUUUUGGCUCAUUCUUCUUUUCUUUUUCAGUUUUGGAUUAUAACCUCAUGUUUCUAGUAAUAUACUUAUGUUAUAUGUAUAUAGAAUUAAUAUUCUUUUACGCGGUAGAGUUUAUUUUCCCUCCACUGUCCACAAAAGCAUUGAUUCUCUCUUUUUGCAGCUACCUCUGCUCUGGUUUUGAUUUUGAUUCCUUCUGUUCCCAAAAAUAUUUAUUUCUUAGUUUUAAAUAUAUAUAAAAAAGAAAGAAAUUUUGCAUGUAUGGUUUCUCUGGCCUUCUCUUAGUAGUAGCUUUUGUGUAGCUGGUGCACACAUUUAACCUCCCAUAGUGAAUGAUUCUGAUUCACAUCUCCUUUCCUUUUUAUUCCUUCUCCUCUCCUCUCAACAUCACCUCAAAACUUCUCUAUAAAUAAGCAUCCCCCUCCCUAACCUUUUCUUAUAUUUUCCAUCAUCGUGUGUGUUUGUGACAUUUGAAAACUCUCCACCAAAAAAAUUGUAGUGAAAAACAAAACAGUCAAUUGAACAACAAUGAGCUAUUCUCAUCAAAGCAUGGGUUCUGGCAGUAGAAGUGCAAGAGGAUAUGAGUUUGGAAGGACCUAUGUUGUGAGGCCUAAAGGAAAACACCAAGCUACUAUUGUUUGGUUGCACGGUCUUGGAGACAAUGGCUCGAGCUCGUCUCAGCUCUUGGAGAGUCUGCCUCUUCCAAACGUAAGGGAUCCACGAAGACAAACACAUUUGGAAGUAACUUUCUGUAUUAAUAAACUCUCAUUGAUUGUUUCUGAUAAAAAAAAGAUUAUAUGCUAUGCACAGAUAAAAUGGAUUUGUCCAACUGCUCCUUCGCGUCCUGUUUCACUUCUUGGCGGAUUCCCUUGCACUGCAUGGUUCGACGUAGGAGAAAUUUCUGAGGAUCUUCAAGAUGAUAUAGAAGGCUUAGAUGCUUCAGCUGCACAUAUUGCUAACCUCUUGUCAACUGAACCAACAGAUGUCAAAGUUGGGAUAGGAGGUUUCAGCAUGGGUGCAGCAAUAGCUCUCUACUCCACAACGUGCUACGCUCUUGGACGUUAUGGAACCGGACAUCCUUAUACUAUAAACCUACGAGCUACUGUAGGACUUAGUGGUUGGCUUCCUGGUUGGAGGAGCUUAAGGAGCAAAAUAGAAAGUUCUAAUGAGGCUGCAAGGCGUGCUGCAUCAGUACCAGUUAUACUUGCUCAUGGAACUUCGGAUGAUGUAGUUCCUUACAGAUUUGGAGAAAAAUCUGCGCAUUCACUUGCUAUGUCUGGAUUCAGACAAGUUGUGUUCAAACCAUAUGAAGGGCUUGGUCACUACACAGUUCCUAAGGAAAUGGAUGAGGUCGUUCAGUGGCUCGCUUCAAGGCUUGGUCUUGAGGGAUGGCGUUAAGCUCCAAAAGCAUCUCUAUAUCUAUAUUUAUACAUGGUGUUAGAACAUAGUAUAUGUAAUGGAUGGGUUUCUUGGGGUAUACGGCAUUUUCUGUUUCAAACUGUUUUGUAUUUUACUUUUUGCACUUGUUCUCUUGGAUUUUUGGUUAUAAAUAAUGAAAUAAAUGUUUGUUCAUACCAAGAUUCAAAAGAUUCUGAGUUUCUUAUGACAUUAUUGCC